CAGGAACUUACCCAACAAUAUUUUGUAGUUCAACAUCGUAUUAGUACCGGCUCAUGCGAGUAUGAAGCGUUCUGCAGGCUCCACCAAAAGAGCAUCAAAAAGGCAGAAGGUUUCAAGACAGGAGAAGGAGAAGGAAACAUUAGAAUGGCCUGAGUAUUUCCACGAUUUGUUCAAGGUGUGCCAAUCGAACCAACCCGUCUCUUCUGACUCGUUCCGAAUCUUCAUGUUACUGCAGAUCUUCAAGGCAUUGAAUACAGUUCUUGCGUUUGUAUCUUCCCGCAGACAUCUUGCAACCACAUUUCCUAUGAUUCGUUCCUCCGCCGAAGGUCUUCUGAAAAGACCGCUCGAACUGUCUAAAGUAGCCGAACUCAAAGCCCUUCUCCCGGAUGUCGUCGAGUUUGCUUACAUUCCUCAUAGUGACCUCCGAAUACAUGGGGAGACGGUUUCUCAACAGAAUAAGCGUCCAAACAGCCCCGACUUCACGCUACAUUCACAAUCUCUUGCCAUUGACACACCAUCGGGCUCUCGGCUCCCAGGUCAUGAAGAGGAAGAACAUGUCCUCGUCCUAGAAUUUGCAGAGAACUUUAGAACUACCAAACUAGGCAAUUUGGUUGAUAAGCGAAACCAACGCUUUAAAGAUGCCGUCGAUGAGCUUGUGAAGGCUACUCCAGAGGCAGAGGUGUCCAUGGAUCUGCUGCAAGCAGCAGCAAGAGACCACAUCCCCGUAAACCCUUCCGCAAAGAAAGCCCUACCUGUUAACGACUCCCAAAAUCUGAUAAUACCCGAACCCAAAGACCGGCCCUCUAUUGACGAUAUACUACUUGAAAUCCGAAAACAACACUGGUAUAAAAAUCAAAUUGCCGACCGGCGGACAUUCAAGGAGAAGGUAGCUACUGAAGGAUUGCUGGAUGAGCCUCUUUCACAUACCAUACAACAAGCAUUGCGAGAGUCGCGAAAUAUAACGACACUAUAUUACCAUCAGGCAGCCGCCAUCAACGCUAUUGCGCAGAGGAAGCAUGUCAUUGUUUCGACUAGUACUGCGUCAGGCAAAAGUGUGAUUUAUCAGGCUUUAGCUCAGGAUCAGCGUACCGCGCUGGAGCAGUUGCUUUGGGCCUGCCCUGGACUGCAGCAUAUCAAGGUAGCAACCUAUGAUGGAGAUACCCCACAGGAUCACCGGAGAACCAUUCGGGAGACGGCUUCUGUCAUCUUCACCAACUUUGACAUGUUGCACGCCUCUAUUUUACCUCAUGAGGAGUUUUGGCGGACCUUCAUAAAGAAUCUCAAACUCGUAGCGGUCGAUGAACUGCAUUACUAUUCCAAUUUAUUUGGGAGUCACGUUGCUCAGAUCAUCCGCCGUUUCCGCAGGAUCUGUGCAGCCGUAGGGAACCAGCGAGUUAUCUUUGUAUCAUGCAGUGCCACUAUAUCGAAGCCAAGUCAGCAUAUGAAACGUCUUUUCGGGGUUGAGGACGUGGAAGAAAUUGUUGAGGAUGGAGCGCCAUCUGGAAAGAAGGACUACUUAGUCUGGGAUCCUCCUAGUGUUAAAGAUAUGGAUCCUGGGCUUGCAAAACUCGGACAAUCGGGGCCAAUGUAUGAGGCCAUUAACCUGAUGAUAUUUUUGAUGAUGCGUGGUGUCCGGGUCAUUUUAUUCUGCAAGAUUCGAAGAGCAUGCGAGUUGGCGAUGAAAGCUCUGCGCCAACGACUUAGCGCCGAGGGACGUUUAGACGUUCUUGCGAAGGUUAUGCCUUACAGAGGAGUUCUCAGGGAUUCGCAGGAUCGGCGUCGCAUUGAACAUGAAGCUUUUUCGGGACACUUACUCGGUAUUGUUGCAACUAAUGCUCUUGAGCUUGGUGUAGACAUCGGUGUUCUGGAUGCUGUCAUCAUGCUUGGAUUUCCAUUUGGCAUUGCUAACUUUCGCCAGCAGGCUGGGCGGGCUGGGCGAAGAUCUCGCGAUUCAUUGGCUGUAUUAGUAGCUGAAGAUCUCCCUAUAGACAGAAACUACGUCGAAUCCCCGGACAAACUUUAUAACCAGCCUAUAGAUGACCUGACCGUCGACAUUGAGAGCAAAGUCAUCAUCGAGGCUCACUUGCAAUGCGCUGCUCAUGAAAUGCCUUUGUCCAAGGAUGAUGCUUUUUACUUCGGUGCAUCGUUAGGCGAGUUGUGUGAUUCGAAGUUACGGAAAGACAAAGACGGAUGGUAUCACCCGCACCCCAAGUUUCUCCCCUAUCCAGCCAAGCAUAUCUCAAUUCGUGGUGCGGAUGACGAUAAGUACACUAUUAUCGAUGUGACGAAAGUCGGACUACAAAAUGGAGUACCAAGAAUCAUAGAAGAGAUUGAGCUUUCAAGGGCUAUUUUCGAGCUAUAUGAGGGCGGAGUGUUCAUGCAUCAAGGACUGACGUUUAUCGUUAAAGAAGUCAGUCAUGAUACCAAAGUGGCUAGACUUGUGAGGGCGGAUGUCAACUGGAUCACUAAGCCGAGGUGCGUUCAUAUUCCAUUUUCCUGUCAUGGCAAUUCACGAAGGCACACUGCAGAGACUACACGUAAGUACUUUCUCGUCGUUAUACAAUCCACCACCUUGACUGGACCAACAGGAAUAUUUUAUUCCGUAGGCUUCAGGAAAAUCAGGGGCAACAAGGUACUAGAUGUCGUUGACGUUGAUACGCCACCGUACGAAAGACAAGUCACCGGAUUCUGGUUCGAUGUGCCCAAAGAUUUACUUGGAUUGAUGAAGGUAAAACAUUUUAACUUUGCAGAAGCAAUCCAUUCUGCCUCCCAUGCAUGGAUGAAUCGUUUUGCUCUUUCUCCCGACUUGCGGACAGAAUGCAAGGCGGCAGAGAAAGAAUAUAAUAAAGAGGAGUCGCAGCGGAAGCGUCCCGCUAGACUAAUAUUUUAUGAUGCGUCUCGGAAAGGCAGCGUGUCUGCCCAAGCAUUUGAUCACAGUGGCGAAGUUUUGCGACAGGCGCACGACACAGUGGAAACCUGUCCAUGCAAGGAUGGCUGCAUUCACAGCGCUACUUGCUCGAAAGGAAAUGUCGUUGCCUCAAAGAUCGGGGCGCUCCUGAUUCUGAAGGCAUUACUGAACCUUGACAUCGAUGCCAAUGGUGUUGCUGCUCAAUUCGGUUCGCAAGGAUUCGAGACUAUUGUUGAAGCGAUGUAUAUUCGACCAUUGGACGGCGUCCAAGUGGAACCGGCUUAAAUUGAGUUCCAAUGCGCCAGCCCCUGACUCGCUUAUUCCUGGCAUAUUUUGUGUCCAUCGAAUUAUGUAUAUGUUCCAAUAUGUUCACGCAUAGGUUCAGCACCCAUUCCACGAUUGCUUUGCCUUUUUCUUGGUUUGCCGCUGCGUCCGAUACCUCUCGUCUCGUAAGCACGGUUCCAGCGUGACAGGACAAAAAUCUGUUGCAGAUUCGAACGCUGCUCAACAACCUUUUUCCUUUUACCACGCUUUGAACACUCACUCGUGGACGGAUCCUCCAAGGUCUAUCGUAAGGAGUCAUAGCCAACUGGUACUAGAACAGAUUAGAAACCUGCUCUGUUGGGUAGUGCGGAUUUGAAACCUG